UGCACACUUAUAUAAAAGCACUUUGGCAGUUAUGGAGUCAUCUGACAUUCGAAGGAAAAAAAUAGCUGUCAUUGGUGGUGGCUUGGUUGGAUCAUUAAAUGCAUGCUUCCUUGCAAAGAGGAAUUUCCAAGUUGAUGUCUAUGAAGCUAGGGAAGAUAUCCGAGUGGCUAAAUUUGCACGUGGAAGAAGCAUUAACUUGGCCCUUUCUUAUAGAGGACGACAAGCCUUGAACGCCAUUGGCCUGGAAGAUCAGGUUGUAUCCCAAGGCAUCCCCAUGAGAGCAAGAAUGAUUCACUCUCUUUCAGGGAAAAAGUCUGCAAUUCCCUAUGGGACCAAGUCACAGUAUAUUCUUUCUAUAAGCAGAGAAAAUCUAAACAAGGACCUAUUGACUGCUGUUGAGAAAUACCCCAAUGCGAAGGUGCACUUUGGCCACAGGCUGUUGAAAUGUAAUCCUGAGGAAGGAGUGAUCACAGUGCUUGGAUCUGACAAAGUUCCCAUAGAUGUCACUUACGACCUCAUUGCAGGAUGUGAUGGAGCAUACUCCACUGUCAGAAGUCACCUCAUGAAGAAACCCCGCUUUGAUUACAGUCAGCAGUACAUUCCUCAUGGGUACAUGGAGCUCACCAUCCCACCCAAGAAUGGGGAUUAUGCCAUGGAACCUAAUUAUCUGCAUAUUUGGCCUAGAAAUACCUUUAUGAUGAUUGCGCUUCCUAACAUGAACAGAUCUUUCACGUGUACUUUGUUCAUGCCCUUUGACGAGUUUGAAAAACUUGUAACCAGCAGUGAUGUGCUGGAUUUCUUCCAGAAGUACUUUCCAGAUUCCAUCCCUCUAAUUGGAGAGCAAACCCUGGUACAAGAUUUUUUCCUGUUGCCGGCACAGCCCAUGAUAUCUGUGAAGUGCUCUUCUUUUCACCUGAAGUCACACUGUGUGCUGAUGGGGGACGCAGCUCACGCCAUUGUGCCCUUUUUUGGGCAAGGAAUGAAUGCAGGCUUUGAAGACUGCUUGGUAUUUGAUGAGUUAAUGGAUAAAUUCAACAAUGACCUUAGUAUGUGUCUUCCUGAAUAUUCAAGAUUGAGAAUUCCAGAUGACCACGCGAUCUCAGACUUGUCCAUGUACAAUUACAUAGAGAUGAGAGCACAUGUCAACUCGAGGUGGUUCAUCUUCCAAAAGAACAUGGAAAGAUUUCUUCAUGCUCUUAUGCCAUCUACCUUUGUCCCUCUCUAUACCAUGGUCACCUUUUCCAGAAUAAGAUACCACGAGGCAGUGUUGCGCUGGCACUGGCAGAAGAAGGUGAUAAACAAAGGACUCUUUUUCUUUGGGGCACUGAUAGCCAUUGGUAGUACCUACCUAUUUAUGAGCUCCAUGUCACUGAGACCCCUGCACUACUUCAGAAGACCAUGGGACUGGCUCACUUCCUUCCAGAACAGGACAUGUUUCCCUGCAAACUCUAUGGAGUCACUAGAAAAAAAUCCCGAUAUCAUUAGCAGGUGAUAUAAAGAUUCUGAAGUGGCAAAUGGAUUUCUUUUUAACUAAAACUAAGGAUCAAAACCAUGUUUCUAUCAUCAUCUUUAAUUCACUAGUGAAAAAUAUAU